AUGGCCGCGCGCGCGCUCCUCGCACUCGACGACGUGGCUGCGAUGCCCGCGCCCGGUCUCAGCGCCCCCACCAGCGUCAGCUUCAGCCCCGACAACCGCUGCAUUGCCUUUCUCCACGCGCCCAACGCGCCCCGCGGCCGCCUCGCGCGGCAGCUGUACGCGCUCGACGUGGCCACGCGCGCCGUCUCACGGGUAGCCGCUGCGCCGCCCGACAGCGCCGCCGUCAGCCGCGACGAGACGCUCCGGCGCGAGCGGCAGCGGCAGAUGGGCCUCGGCAUCACGUCGUACGCGUGGACGCCCACGCGCGGACGGGCAGCGGGGCUGCUGUACCCUCUACAAGGCGAUCUCUAUUACCAAGCGCACGUGGGGGCGCCGCUUACGUUGCUCGUGGACAAAGCCAGGACCGGUGCAGCAGGAGGCGCGAUUUUGGACCCGCAGGUGUCGCCCGACGGCCGCUACGUGGCGUUCGUGCAGGACAAGGAGCUCUACGUGGUCCCGACGCCGACGGGACAGCCGUCAGGACCGCCGCCACGGGCUGUGCAAGUGACGCGCGGCGCGCGAGCAGUCGACGGCCUGUCGAACGGCCUCGCGUGUUUCCUGACGCAGGAGGAACUCGGCCGGUUUCGCGGCUUUUGGUGGUCGCCCGACAGCGCGCAGCUCGCAUUCGAACAGGUGGACGAGCGCGCGAUCCCCAAGUACCGCAUCAUGCACUCGGGCAGUGCGACGCCGACGGGAGACGACGUGCAGGAAGACCACCGGUACCCUUUUGCAGGCGGGCGCAACCCCACGAGGCGGCUGGGCGUGAUCAAAUUGCCACGAGAGGCCGAGCAAGAGGAGAGUGGCGGGAUGCAGAGUGGCGGGGCUGGCCGACAAGCGCUGGACGGUGAGGUGCCGACGCCCGUGUGGAUGGACUUUGCGUCGCUGGACACGGACUUUUACAUUUCUCGAGUGAAUUGGCUGCCGGAUAUGUCGCUCGGGGUGCAGAAGUUGAAUCGCCUGCAGACGGAGGUGUCGUUUUUGAGAUUUGAUGUGGAAACUGGACAGGCCACAACGCUGCUUGAGGAGACGAACCCCGUGUGGGUGAAUGCUAGUUACUUGUACCGCAAUAUUGAAGUGGAGAGCAAGAACGCGUUUCGUUUCUUGUGGGCGUCCGAGCGCAGUGGCUUCAUGCACCUGUACUUGUACGAGUACAUGGCUGGGGCACGCAGUGCAUGGCUCUUGGGCGCUGUAACAAGUGGCGAAUGGAAUGUGGAAUCGGUCGAAGGUAUCGACUUGACACAGGGACGCGUAUACUUUUGUGGAACAGCGGACUCUCCACUGGAGCGUCAUCUGUACGUGACAUUGCUCUCCCCGGUCAGUGACCCACCGCCUCAUCCCAUCAGAUUGACUGGUCCAGCAGGCAUGCACAACAUCGUCAUGGAUAGCAGUUGCCGCAUGUUUGUGGAUGUGUACAGCAAUUUAACGACACCACCGCGUGCGCUAGUGUGCACGGUGCCUUCAGAAGCCCAUAUCCGAGCUGUAAAGCCGCUCACACCUGCAGAUCCGAGUUCAGCUGCGGAAGUAGCAGCAGCACCAUCAGCGGAACUUACCGCGCUAUUCCAAGUAGUUCUUGACUCGGCAUAUCCCUUGACUACUGAGCAGGAGGAUUUACGUGUGGCGAUGCUUCAAGCCCAAGGCAAACUCUGUAUUCCCAAGAUCAUAUCAGUUCCUACCCGCGAUGGUAAGGAAACGCUGUUCGGGGCAGUAUACUUACCGGAUUCGAAGGUGCACGGUGAAGGCCCGUACCCUACAAUGGUGAGCGUAUACGGCGGACCUCAUGUGCAGCGCGUUGCACGCACGUGGGCAAUGACUGCCGACAUGCGAGCACAGCGAUUCCGUGACAUGGGAUAUGCUGUACUGAAGGUUGACAAUCGUGGCAGCUUUCGUCGCGGCUCAGCUUUCGAGGGCGCCAUUAAGCAUUGUAUGGGUACUGUAGAAAUUCUAGAUCAAGAGGACGGCGUUCGCAAAUUAGUGGAUGAAGGCGUGACGAUCAAGGGUCGAGUGGGAAUUUACGGCUGGAGUUAUGGUGGCUACAUGGCGGCCCUCUGUUUAAUGAAAGCUCCUGAGACGUUCAAUCUUGCUAUCGCCGGGGCUCCGGUGACGAGUUGGGACGGCUACGAUACUUGCUAUACCGAGCGCUAUAUGUCCACGCCGCAGCUUAACCCGACAGGCUAUCGGAAUGGCUCUGUAAUGGAGGCUGUUGGCAACAUGCGGAAGGGGCAGAAGUUACUGCUCAUUCAUGGGCUGAUUGAUGAGAAUGUGCACUUUCGCCACACUGCCCGACUUAUCACGGCUCUGAUCAAUGCCCGGAAGCACUAUGAUUUGCUACUCUUUCCAGGUGAGCGCCACUCACCACGUCACCUAGAAGACCGAAUUUACAUGGAGCAGCGCAUCGCCGAGUACGUCGAAAAUAACGUGUGA